AUGGACGCGGAUUCAGACAAGACAAAGACGUGCUCCUUCCUCGAUCUUGUCGAUAUCUGCGAUAACUUCCGGUUGAGCAGCACUGGAGGGUUCGCCUCUGAAACACUGGUACCAUGGACGCUCUCUGCCCUCCCUGACAGCCCAGUGUUGGGUCUGCUGAGACCUAUCAUCAUCGAACAACUCCAAGCAGAAAACGCGCUCAGUCGAUCCAACCACACCCCCGAAGCCUGGCUCUUCCACCCCACCCCCUCCACCGCACGCGUGAGCUUCGCCGACUGGGUCGACACGCCCUCCAAACGCACCGCCGUCCUGAAAGAGCUGUGUGAGCGCUGGCGAGACUCGGGGCUGUUUCCUGAGGUGAUCGGGCCGCGGAAGUGGAGGGAGGAGAGCUAUCCUGUGUAUCGCGACCCUUUUGGCGUGCACCGUCCGCAUGAUGCUCGGGCGGAGGGGGGAGAGUCUGGAGACCCUGAGUCGGAGGGGGGAAACUACGUGCUGGACCUCGAACGCUCCGCGUGCGCCCUCUUUGGCGUCGUCACGUACGGCGUGCAUAUGACUAUCUACCAGGAAGCCGGGCGGGGGAGCAGGGAGCUUGGAGGGGGGGGCACGAUGGUCUGGGUGCCUACGCGCGCGCGGACGAAGCAGACCUGGGGCGGCUAUCUGGACAACAGCGUCGCGGGAGGCAUCCCGAGCGGCAUGCCCAUCUUCGAGAGCCUCGUGAAAGAAUCUAUGGAGGAAGCCAGUAUAGCGGAGGAUAUCGUGCGCGGGUACGCAAAGUCGGUCGGCGCGGUGAGCUAUUUCUUUCGUACUGCGAAUGGCUGGCUGCAGCCUGAAGUCGAAUUUGUGUACGACCUCGGGAUCCCUCGCGACGUCGAUCCGACUCCGUUCCAGCCAAAACCUCUCGACGGAGAAGUAGAGUGCUUCGAGCUGUUGCCCCUAGACGAGGUGGUGGGUAGGAUGCGUCGCAAGCUGUUCAAACCCAACUGUGCUUUGGUGCUCAUCGAUUUUAUGAUUCGACACGGCUAUAUCACUCCAGACAACGAGCCGCGGUAUAUGGAAAUCGCCACCAGGCUACAUGGGUCCUUUGAGUACGAUAGGUGGGGAACUUGAGCGAUGUACCAUCAACGCGAUGGCACUUUCACCAUAGUCAUGUAUUUCAAACCAUUUACAUGUAUAACUAUGUAUUGCUCUGGAAUCAAAGUCGAA